AUGGAUCGCAACACAAGAACAAUCUUCCUCUUUUCACUGCUUUUCAUCGGUUUACAUGUCCCUAAUGUACUACUCGUUUAUGCUCGUGAGCUCGGUCAUGACCACAAAGAAAUAUUUACAUACAAACAAAAAACAGACAAAGGACCAGAAGGGUGGGGCAAGAUAAAUCCUGAUUGGAAAGUUUGUAACACCGGGAAACUUCAAUCUCCGAUCGAUCUUACAAACGAAAGAGUUAGUCUUGUUCAUGAUCAACCAUGGAAUAUGGAUUACAAACCAGCUCCGGCUGUUAUUGUAAACAGAGGGCAUGACAUUAUGGUAUCGUGGAAAGAAGAUGCUGGCAAAGUAACAAUACAUCAAACUGAUUACAAAUUGGUGCAAUCACAUUGGCAUUCUCCCUCUGAGCAUACCAUUAAUGGAACUAGAUACGAUUUGGAGCUUCACAUGGUUCACACAAGUGCUCAGGGCAAAAAUGCAGUGAUUGGUCUUCUUUACAAAUUAGGUGAACCUAAUGAAUUCCUCGCAAAGCUACUAGAUGGAAUAAAAGGAGUGGAGAAAAAAGAGAAAAAUAUAGGGAUGGUGGAUCCUCGAGAGAUCAAGUUUCAUUCCAAAAUAUAUAGGUACAUGGGCUCUCUCACUGCUCCUCCUUGCACUGAAGGCGUUCUUUGGACCGUACUCACAAAGGUGGAAACAGUAUCAAUGGAGCAACUUACAGCACUGAAGGAAACCGUUGAUGAUGGAUUUGAGGCAAAUUCAAGACCGAUUCAAGACCCACAUGGAAGAUCUAUUUGGUUUUACGAUCACAAUGUUUGA